GCAGGCCCUUGCAGCCUACUCCAUUUCAUUCGUUCAUUCCACGAGCAUGGCAGUCAUCCACAGUCUCAGGCAUGGAGCAAGGGGUUGGAUCUGCCUGGCGUGGGAGGAUAAAUAAAACACCACAGAAAGCUGAAACACAAAGCAAGACUUGGCAACUGUGAGGCUAAGAGACCUUCCCUAAGCGCCUUCCAUCUUCCCAACCCCAGCGUGGUACCUGGCCAAGCUGUCCUCAGUGGGGAGCAUCUCGGAGGAGGAGACAUGUGAGAAGCUCAAGGGCCUGAUCCAGAGGCAGGUACAGAUGUGCAAGAGGAACCUGGAAGUGAUGGACUCAGUGCGCCGCGGCGCCCAGCUGGCCAUCGAGGAGUGCCAGUACCAGUUUCGGAACCGGCGCUGGAACUGCUCCACACUCGAUUCCCUGCCUGUCUUUGGCAAGGUGGUGACACAAGGGACUCGGGAGGCGGCCUUCGUAUACGCCAUCUCUUCAGCAGGCGUGGCCUUUGCAGUAACACGGGCAUGCAGCAGUGGGGAGUUGGAAAAAUGUGGCUGUGACCGGACAGUACACGGGGUCAGCCCUCAGGGCUUCCAGUGGUCAGGAUGUUCGGAUAAUAUCGCCUAUGGCGUAGCCUUCUCACAGUCUUUUGUGGACGUGCGGGAGAGAAGCAAGGGAGCCUCGUCUAGCCGGGCCCUCAUGAACCUCCACAACAACGAGGCUGGAAGGAAGGCUAUCCUGUCCCACAUGCGGGUGGAGUGCAAGUGCCAUGGGGUGUCAGGCUCCUGUGAGGUAAAGACGUGCUGGCGAGCUGUGCCGCCCUUCCGCCAGGUGGGCCACGCACUGAAGGAGAAAUUCGACGGUGCCACUGAGGUGGAGCCACGCCGUGUGGGCUCCUCCAGGGCACUAGUGCCACGCAAUGCACAGUUCAAGCCGCAUACGGACGAGGACUUGGUAUACUUGGAGCCCAGCCCAGAUUUCUGUGAGCAGGACAUACGCAGCGGUGUGCUGGGCACGAGGGGCCGCACAUGCAACAAGACAUCCAAGGCCAUCGAUGGCUGUGAGCUGCUGUGCUGUGGCCGCGGCUUCCACACGGCUCAGGUAGAACUGGCUGAACGCUGCAGCUGCAAAUUCCACUGGUGCUGCUUCGUCAAGUGCCGGCAAUGCCAGCGGCUUGUAGAGUUGCACACGUGCCGGUGACUGCACACGGCCUGUGCCAGCAACCAACUAAGUGGCCCAGGGAAGGCCAGUAAUUUAAACAGUCUCCCACCACCUACCCCCAAGAGAUACUGGUUGUAUUUUUUGUUUUGGUUUGGUUUUUGGGUCCUCAUGUUAUUUAUUGCCCAAACCAGGCAGGCAACCCCAAGGGUACCAACUGGGGCUUCCCCAAAGCUUGAGCCUUUGUGGCUGCCACUGACCAAAGGGCCUUUGCUCAUGCCUCUGGCUGUUCACAGAUGAUCAUAGCUGACCACUCAUUUGUUAUCUGUGUUCAUUUUUCUACUUUCAGACAUAAUGUGGGUAACAAGGAACAUUAAAGCCACAGGGCUACUGAUGCUGCCAUCUAGGAAAACAGGUAAUCUUGUGGCAGGGAAAGUAAGUACAAUCUUGAUGGAAAUCACACUGCCUAGAAAGAAAGCGCACACCCUUCACCCCACACAUACACAGGGUCACAUGGCAACUUGAACCUAUAGCCUUGUCUCCCAAACUCCUGGAAAGAAAAUGGGCAAAGGGUUCAUUUCAGCCCUCACAUGGGCAGCUGGAUGUUUGACCUCUGUGAGGCCUUCCAAGCAGAAGUUCAGGUGAAGUUCUGACAAGAGGCUAUACUACAGUCCUGUCUUGGACCCCAUCCUUCUCCAGCCGGGCCCCUCUGGAGGAGAAACUGCUACCCCUGGACCCUCUUGGGCAGGAGGUUUAGGAUGCCAUCCUGGAUCGGAGUCCAUGCUUUUGUUGUCAGGCCCCUGUGUGUGUCACCCCACAUCCCCCCAGGACUGUCCUUAUAGAAAGUGAAAAUGGAAAUCUUGAAAUCUCACACAUACCACAGGACAAGGCCAUGCAAUGAAAAUACUCCCCAUCAUAUCACUGAACAAAAUUUAUCAGCAAAUACUGAGUCCCAGGCCCUGCACUGAGGCAUUUGCUGGCCCUUCUGCUACUCCUUCUUGACUCCUAUAUCCAAAAGCACAGACACUGCAGGUCUCCUUGGGUCUGAUCUGUGGGAAUGGGGCUCUGGCUGGAAGAAAAAGGACAGGGAAAAAGCAAGAGCCAGAGACCACAGGCUGGGCUGGAGCCCAUGUGGUGGCUGAGAACAGCAGGCUCUGUGGCAGAGCUGGAUGGCUGGAAGGCUGACUAGUAAGUCUCAGCAACUGAGAUACUGCAUCUCCAGGACCUCCAGGUACCUUGUGGUACUACGGAAGAUGCCCCAAGAGAUAGUACUAGCAGUCCAGGCCUGAUUCUACAAAGCAACCAAAAUAAGUACCCACCCAGACUUCCCUAAGACAAGCAAAGAUUCAGCUGCUAUUCUACUGGGUUGCCAACUACCAGAAGAACUGCUAGCUUGGUCUCUAUGCUGCCCCACAGUGGGGCUCUAGGCUCCAGGUCUGAAGGUUUGAGCUCUAGGGUACUUGCCAUUUGGUCUAACCUCUUGGAUCCUGGGUUCAGUAUCAGAAAUGCGAAGUCCCAGAUUCUACACAGGGGCUCAGGCCUGCAGAAACUGUCCUCCAGGCCCUGUGGUUUAAUGCCUUCUGGUGUUGGCUCUAUCAUGAAGAGGGUCAACACCCUUGGCCCUCAGCCAAGCUCUCUGCUCAGUGUCCGUCCAAAGAGGAAUCCAAAACCAAGCAAGAUGCUGCAGCCACAUUCAAAUGUAAGGAUAAUCUUGGGACAGGCUGGCUCUGACGUGGAUGAAAGCUGAGCUGACCAAGGGUCCCCACAGGUGCCCAGCUGGGCCUGUUACUCCUCUCAUGGACUUAGUUCAGCUGUCUGCUCCAUGCCAGGGAAAACACUAUCCCCUCAUUGACACAAACCCAGACAAGUGACCAGUGGAGACAACCCCCAUCCCGAGGCAGAAUUGAGCCACUCUCCCCUACCUGAGGGAGCAAUCCAAGCUGCUUGCUGCUUUGAUGGGCGCUGCCCUAAGAAACAGGAAGAAGGUAUGUGCCUGAUAACAGGCUUCACAUUCCCACCUGCCAGGGAACUCCUCAAAGCAAAUCAAUCCUCUUGGGAUUCUGAAGGUUGUGGGGCCAAGGUCAAACAGACCAUAUUCUAGGAACCAAUACCAUGGCCUACUGGUAUAGCCAGUACUGCCAAGGUCAGUAGAAUCCACAGCCACAAGAAAAGCUACAUGCUCAGCUGCAAACUGUCCUAAAUAAAAAAUAAAGUAAUAAUAAAAAAGAACUGGUAAAGGUAUGACAUAACACAUCCUCUCUUGACUGCACACAGAUCUGGAAACUGACCAGAACUGCUCCCCAGUAUUCCUGUCCCAAAGCAAAAAUGAGGUCCUCUAAGGCCUAGGGCUGAAUAAACCCCAGCUCUGGAUGCUGCUACCCCUUCUACUGCCCACCCUAUCCUCUAAUUUUUAUACUAGGCUUCUUGCCAUUGUGACAUCCCUAUGAUACAGACUGAUGCACGAUAAAAUUAUUAUUUCUUUAUCUGCCAA